AUGAAGAGUGUGAGUUGGUCGUACUGCCCUCAAGACGACACCAUAUAUACUCCAACGUUGUCGUCUGUCCGCAAGGAUUUGUUCCGCCUCUCAUUAUACCACUCUCAGCCUCGUAGCUCCCCUGACUGCCGAGCUUGCACAACCUUUCUGCUCGGUAAUUGUGGUAGCCACCCAGUCUUCAAUGACCAAUUCCGAUCACCAUUGGCAUCCCCGCUUAUCUACUAUCAACGUAGUAAAUUACCCAGCGUCGUUCGAUCGAAUCCUUCUGCUUCCAUCGGUUGCGUCGCGGGCCUUUCUAGCGACGAGCACACCAUUUUGACGAUCCCUCCCCAAUUCUUAGUUGGUAGCAUCACUUUCCUCUCGGCGCAAUGGGUCUCACUAUCUUCCUCUACCUGGAACUUGGUGGUAUUCCUCUUGAGGAAAGGUUGGGAUGAAGUUUAUGAAGAGUGGGGAAUAUAG